GACGAGAUCCUCGAGACAGCCGUUGCAGAGCAGCAGCAUGUGCAAGGAGGCGAGCGACCCGACUGUGAUCGAGCAGGGCUUGACGAAUUCUCCGGCUGUGAUUGUCAUCGAAGACAAGAGCCCACCCGGAGACGACUCAAGGAAGACCGACAGCUUGGUAUCAUGGAUGGUUUGCGCAGUUUGCGCGAUCUCCUUCUGCGGAGGCUCCGUCGGCUUCAGAUGUUCGGGUCUUCUCCUGGUAUCCAUUGCUGAAGAGUUCGAUAUCACCAAAGGAGAGGCUGCAUGGCCAACGAGCAUCCAGAAUCUGUUCAUGUUCUUCAGCGGCAUCGUGGUGGGACCUCUUGCUCAAAAAUAUCCACUGAAACCGAUCGUGUUCGUGGGGAUGACUCUGACAGGCCUGGGUUUCCUACUGGGCGCCUUCGUACCGAAUCUCGGAAUGAUGACGGUGUGCUUCGGCGCCGUACAUGGCUUCGGAUCGGGAACCCUCCUCGUGGCGUCGAACGUUCUACUCACGCAGUACUUCGAUCGAUACCGGGGCCUGGCUUUCGGAAUCGCUCACUCGUCGUCACCGAUUGCUUCGAUUAUUUUCCCAUCUCUCUUCGACUUCGUCAGAACUCAUUAUGGGUUCAGACCCGCGAUGGCGACCAUCGGUCUGCUCCUUAUGAGUACGGCUCCGUUAGCUCUACUGGUCAAGGAUGCUCCGUGGGCGGCGAAGGGGGCUACCGCGACAGGACCGAAAAAUGAAGUUUUCGCUUGGAGCGUGUUCCGAGAACCGAUGUUCUACGUGAUCUUGGGCGUGAACAUUGUUUUCCAAUGGCUAUUCGACACGUUUCUGGCGACUAUCGUCGACUACGGCUCUCAGAGAGAUCUAACGGUACACGAAGUUCUUGUAGUGAUCGCUUGUUACUCCGUCUCCGACAUCGUGGGGAGAAUCGUCCUGCCUGCCCUCGCUGAUUGGGGUCUCCUCGGUCGUGACACUCUCCUGACGAUGUCCUACUUUGUCUCAAUCGCCUUCCUCCUCUUGAUAUGUGUAUGCGCGACACAGAUGGCCUUCAUCGCGACCGUGAGCCUUCUGGGUUGUUUCUUCGGUCUUGCCAGUACUUAUUACUUCAGCAUGAUCGCUCGUUACCUCGGCUCGGAUCGACUGCCCUUCACGAUCGGCAUGAUGGGAACCAUCGGGGGACUGGUAUUCCUUUUGAUGCCCACAGCGAUCGGCUUCUUCAGAGAUCAUUUGAGCGAUUACCGUCUGAUGUAUCUCAUGAACGCCGCGCUACUGUUCGUAACCAGUCUUCCCUGGUUGUACGUCGUGUAUCGCCGCAAGGUCGGACGUUCCUUGGAGCGCGCCACCCUAUCGAUAUGCGGAGCAGCGGUGGGAUUCAGAUGCUCGGGUCUGAUCCUAGUUUCGAUUGCUGAAGAAUUCGACAUCCCGAAAGGUGAAGCGUCAUGGCCCAGCAGUAUUGUGAACCUUUCGAUGCUGUUUUGUGGCAUCGUGAUUGGCCCUCUCGCUCAAAAGUACUCGCUGAGACCCAUUCUCUUCGCGGGGACUUUCUUGAAUGGCCUAGGUUUCGUUCUCGGCUACUUCGCCCCCAACGUGAAGUCGAUGACUUUGGGCUUCGGCGUUGUCCAUGGAUUCGGAGCGGGAACUAUCCUUGUCGCGACGAGCGUUCUGCUGUCACAGUAUUUCGAUCGCUACCGCGGUCUGGCUAUCGGCAUAGGACAUGCAGCUUCACCUGUGGCCUCGAUGAUUUUCCCCUCGCUCUUCGAUUAUGUGAAGAAUCACUAUGGCUUCAAGUGUGCCAUGCUGGUCAUCGGCGUCAUCCUGAUGAGCGUAGCGCCGUUGACCCUCACCGUCGACACAGCUCCUUGGUGCAAGAAGGUCAAAAGCAGUGGUAAGCACCGGGGAAUCGGCGACGAGGUGAAAUCGACUUCCGAGACAAUGCCUCCGAAAGCGGGAGGAACCGCUGUCGACUCCAGCUGAUAUUAUCGAAAAAUUCAAGGUUCUUCGAUCUUCUCUUGGAGUGUUUUCCGUGAGCCAAUGUUCUACGUCAUACUGUCGGUGAACCUCGUGUUCCAAUGGCUCUUCGAUACUUUCAUGGCGACUGUCGUAGAUUAUUGCGCUCAGAAAGGGCUCACGAUCGAGGAUGCUGUGCUCAUCAUCGGAUGUUACUCCAUUGCUGACGUCAUAGGACGGAUCUUGCUUCCUGCUUUGGCUGAUUGGGGCUUGGUCGAGCGCGAUGUUUUGAUUACUUUCUCCUACUUCACAUCGUGCGUGUUCCUGGUACUCCUCUGUCUCUGCAGCUCGUUGACGUCGUUCAUUACGGCAGUGAGCAUUUUCGGUGGAUUCUUCGGCCUCUCGAGCUCCUACUACGUCAGUGUGGUCGCGCGAUACCUUGGCUUGGAGCGUAUGGCCUUCACCUUGGGCAUGCAGGGCACGAUCAGCGGUAUGGUGUUCCUCUUGAUGCCAUCGGCGAUAGGUCUUUUCCGAGACCGGCUCAGUGACUACCGCCUGAUGUAUAUCAUGAACGCGAGUCUACUUUUCGUGACGAGUCUCCCGUGGCUUGUCGUCAUUCGCCUUCGGAUUCUCGGUCGUUCUCUGGAGCGCCAGUGACGAGGACAUUGAUCUCUUAGG